GACAGUCAUUGCUUCACUCACGCCCUUCAAGGGCGUUCUUCCCAUCCUUUUAUCAGAGCUUUAUGUCUCUGGGAUGUUCUUCUAUGCGUGCCUCCUUCUCAUGACUCUCACAAAUAUCCUGGUCCCCUUAUGGGCGCACAUCACACUCGGUUUUCUCGUUUUUUUCCAAAACGGAUACGUCUCUACAGAAGAGCUGUACAUGGAUGAUGUUGAACUAUCUCAUACCAAUGUGCUGAAAACCAUCAAAGAUGCCAGUGCUGUAGAAAAACGCAGCCACGGUAGUGGAUACUUGUACGCUUUCAGUCCGUCCUUAUACCAGAUAAUCAUGGCCCCCAAUGCUCCUCUGCAUCACAUGCGGAACGUUUGUCUGCUACCUUUUGGCCCUGACAGUUUUACGUGGAACUGUGUAAGGGCAGGGAAUAUUGUGCAGUGUUAACGUAGCACGGCAAUGGAUCUCCGAGUCGUUUUGCAAUAGCGAUUUCUACUGCGCUACGCAGCCAAAGUGUGUUUGCGAGGCAUGUGGUUCGUCAUUUCAAGGUUUGAUCAGGGACUCGGAGAAAAUUACCCCGGCGUCACUGGAUCCUGCUGCGGGCACGAAGAAAGUACGAGAUCCGUGCUUGGAAUCUGGUAGCUAUCAUUGACUUGUGUCUCUGUCUGCUCCGUUCUCGGGUG